UCCUUCAUUUUUGAUUUUCCCACAAUUUGAGAUUCUCAUGCAGUCUCCAAAUGGACACCUCAAAAUACGUUCUCCUAAAAUACAAGGGCGCUCGCCUCCUUCUCCUACUAAAAGACUAUAUAAUAGACACAGUGCGGUUGGAAGAGGGCUUCCAAAAAAAGGUGGUGCAGGUGGUAAAGGAGUAUGGGGUUCCAUGUGGGUUCAAGAUGGAAAAAGUUUUCUAGAUAAAAACGACCCAAACUAUGAUUCUGACCAGGACCCUUCUGUUCUCUUGGAGGAAAUCGACUUAUCCUAUGUCGAUAAGGAGCUGACCCAAGAAACCUUUGAGGCUACCAAGGACUUGGAUGAGUCUGAAGAAUCACAGAAGAACAGAGUAUGAUGAUAACUUUUUCAGCUGAUAUAUUAUUAUUUGUUAGCUCAAGUCGUCAGUUCGGGCAUUGUUGUUGUUUCAAAUUGCGUCAGUCCGUUGUUCAAUAAAAUCUAUUACAAGUCCAGAGCACAAUAUGAU